GUGAGCAGUGGUGUGUGAGACCCAGCGUCCCUCUGCCUGCCCACUUGGUGGCAGCUCCCUGGAGCUUUUCAAUCCCUUCUGGAGCCUCAGCAGAUCCUUCUUUCAGAAUUCGCUGCCGAGAGCCCUGAACAGGAGCCACCAUGCAGUGCUUCGGCUUCCUUAAGACCAUGAUGUUCCUCUUCAAUCUGCUCAUCUUUCUAUGUGGCAUAGCCCUGUUGGCAGUGGGCAUCUGGGUGUCAGUCGAUGGGCCGUCCUUCCUGAAGAUCUUCGGGCCACUGUCGUCCAGUGCCUUGCAGUUCGUCAACGUUGGCUACUUCCUCAUCGCGGCUGGUGCUGUGAUCUUUGUUCUUGGUUUCCUGGGCUGCUACGGUGCUCACGCUGAGAACAAGUGUGCCCUCAUGAUGUUCUUCGUCAUCCUCCUCGUCAUCUUCAUUGCUGAGGUUGCAGCUGCUGUGGUCGCCUUGGUGUACACCACAAUGGCUGAGGACUUCCUGACGUUGCUCAUCGUGCCUACCAUCAAGAACAACUAUGGUUCCCAGAAAGACUUCACCCAAGUGUGGAACUCCACCAUGAAAGGGCUCAACUGCUGUGGCUUCAACAACUACACGGAUUUUGAGGGCUCACCCUACUUCAGCGAGAACAACAACACCUUUCCCGCAUACUGUUGUACUGACAAUGUCUAUGUAAACGACACAGCCAAGGAACCCUGCACCAUGCAGAAGGCCGAGAACUCAACUGUACAGGGGUGCUUCGAUCAGCUUCUGGAUGACAUCCGAACCAAUGCGGUCACCGUGGGUGGUGUGGCAGCCGGAAUUGCGGCCCUAGAGCUGGCUGCCAUGAUUGUGUCCAUGUAUCUGUACUCCAAUUUGAAAUAAGACUGCUUCUGUCUCUGCCACUACUGCUGCACAUGGGAACCGGGAAGAGGCACCCUGGAACGGCCAAGAAGCAGUGACCAGAUUGGGGACAAGAUCUAACAGUGUCAAUUGGGCCAAAGUGGGCCUGCCUUUUCUGCCCCAGACUUGGGGCUAAAUAGGAACCAUACCUUCGAGACUGUGCCUGACUUUUCCUU